AUAGUGCAGGCAGACUAAAGAGUGCAUUGAGUGCAAACAGCUGUUUAGGUUUGACGAGUAGAGUACUAAGUUGAAAAUAUAUAUAAAUACAAUUCAAGGUUAAGAUCAGAUGUGAUGUAGUAGAAAUUAGCAAGUUACAGCCAAGAUACUUUUUGACUAUUGUGAGUUAGAUACAUUUUGAUUUGGAGAAGAUACAUUUUAACUAGUGUUAAAUAGUUAUGAGAGGACGUGCUAAAGAGGGAGUGUGUUAGUUUUUAUACUGUCAAAUUUGUGUGUUGAAAGAAAAGUGAACUUUUUGUAAUGAGUGCGGAUUAAAUUAAUUUAAAGCUAAUAUUAAUUAAUAAUAGGUUAGGACUACUUUGGCUUUAUCCUAUAUCACACAAACUUAUUAAAUUACAUUGAAUUUAGGGUAACAGCAAGAGUUGAUUGCCCUGUAAGUUGCAGACAGAACAUAGCGUUUUUACAAACUAGUGUUCCACUCCAACUUAACAUUUAAAAUGGAAACUUUUAUAUUAAACAACAAUCUGAAAGGGUCGGUAAAGGUGACCAUCACACCAUGCCAGCCCCGCACGCUCACCCACCUGCCCAAGCGGCCGCCCGUGGACAUCGCCUUCUCGGACCUCACCUACACCGUCAAGGAGGGUCGCAAGAACUUGGAGAAGACCAUAUUGAAGUCGGUGAGCGGAAGGUUGAGGUCCGGGGAACUGACAGCUAUCAUGGGACCUUCUGGAGCCGGCAAGUCCACUCUCCUCAACAUCCUCACCGGAUACAAGGUGUCGGGGAUGUCUGGUUCUAUAACAAUCAACGGACACGAGCGCAACCUAUCGCAGUUCGCUAAACUCUCGGCUUACAUCAUGCAGGACAACCAGCUGCACGGCAAUCUUAGCGUGGACGAAGCCAUGAAUGUGGCUACUGCGCUCAAGCUUGGCAGUGAUCUCAACAAGCAGGACAAAGCGGAAGUGAUACCGUCCAGUAGUGACGGACCAACUAUUUACGACGGGAGAGGGAAAGACCGCCGCAGUGAGUAUAUUCAAGAAAUUCUAGAAACCCUAGGGCUCCAGGACCACAAGAACACUAUGACCUCAAAUCUCUCUGGAGGACAGAAAAAACGUCUUUCUAUUGCCCUAGAACUGGUGAACAACCCUCCAAUAAUGUUUUUUGAUGAGCCAACUAGUGGGCUGGACAGCUCGUCAUGUUUUCAGUGCAUCUCUUUGCUCAAGUCACUGUCACGUGGUGGUCGUACCAUUAUCUGCACUAUUCACCAACCGAGCGCUCGACUGUUCGAGAUGUUCGAUCACCUGUACACUCUGGCCGAUGGUCAGUGUGUCUACCAAGGAUCAACUCUGCAGCUGGUACCCUUCCUGGGUAAACUGGGCCUGGUCUGUCCCAGCUACCACAACCCUGCCUCAUUCGUGAUUGAGGUGUCUUGUGGCGAGUAUGGAGACAAUGUGCGCAAACUUGUGAACGCCAUCAAGAACGGCAAGCACGACAUCCAGCUGGGAAAACCAUUCCCAGAGAUCAAGGCUCUGAACAACGCCAACGAGAAGGUGAAUAACACAGAUGUUGCCACGGGCGACACGAAGAUGUCCAAUGGUCUAGAGUCAUCCACCGGUAACGGCAUGAACAACAUGCUGCUAGCGUGCGCGACAAACGACAUUGCCAAGGAUUCUGCCGCCUCAAGUGAUGCUGUGGUGAUUCCGGUGGAUCUGACAUCAGAGAAAACAGUGGAUGUGACUUCCACUCUACUGGACAAUGCCCUUCCCAACAGUCAGAAGCGAUAUGGUACCUCCGAGUUCAACCAGUUUUGGAUUGUACUCAAAAGAACUCUGCUUUUCUCGAGGAGGGAUUGGACUCUGAUGUACCUGCGGUUGUUUGCUCAUAUACUGGUUGGGUUUCUGAUUGGAGCUCUGUACUACGACAUUGGCAAUGACGGUGCCAAGGUACUCAGCAACCUUGGAUUCCUCUUCUUCAACAUGUUGUUUCUCAUGUACACAUCAAUGACCAUCACAAUUUUGUCAUUCCCUCUGGAAAUGCCAGUGUUGGUGAAGGAAAAUUUUAAUCGCUGGUACUCGCUACGAUCGUAUUACCUGGCUAUUACUGUGUCGGACAUACCUUUCCAGGCUGUGUUCUGUGUCGUGUACGUCAGUAUCGUCUACUACAUGACUUCCCAGCCUCCUGAAGCACACAGAUAUUGGAUGUUCCUGGGUGCUUGCCUGCUCAUCUCCUUCGUUGCUCAAAGUGUUGGACUGGUCGUCGGAGCUGCCAUGAACGUUCAGAAUGGAGUGUUCCUGGCACCUGUGAUGUCAGUGCCGUUCCUGCUGUUCUCUGGGUUCUUCGUCAGCUUCGAUGCAAUUCCAGUGUAUUUGAGGUGGAUCACCUACCUCAGUUACAUCAGAUAUGGCUUCGAGGGCACAGCUCUCGCCACGUACAGCUUCGGCAGGGAGAAACUGCUCUGCUUCCAGGUGUAUUGCCACUUCAAGGAUCCGGAAACGACACUGGAGGAACUGGAUAUGCUGGACGCUAGUUUUACACUGGACAUUGUUGCACUGGUGAUCAUUUUCUUCACCCUGAGGAUCACAGCAUUCCUAUUUUUACGUUGGAAACUAAUGUCAGCUCGCUAGGUGUUACGUCAAUACAACUCUGUCAGCUAAAUACAGAAUCAUAGCAAGUUUAAGGUGCUUGUAAUAUAUUAAAGUACUGUACAUAAAAAUGAAUUUUUUAAAUACUGUGCAAUACAGGAAAAGUGUAAUUGCUGUAAAGAGUUAUUAUCCUUAAGUAAUAAACAUGGCAACUUUAAGACUUUGCCUUGUCUAUCAAAAGUGUUUGAUCACUUAAAGUAUAUUUUUAAAUCGAAUAGUUUACAACAAAAAUACAAGGCAUAGAUAGUAUCAUAAAGUAUAUUUUGUAAAACAGACUUUACUUUAGUAAAUACAGUUUUUUUAUCCUAAUAUAUAUGUGAGUUAAUUUUUAAAAAGUAUUUUGUCCUGACAUGUAUUUCCGAAUUAUGUUAAUUUAAGAUUAGUAUUAAAUUACUAAUAAACUCAUUAACCCUUCAACGUGGUUUCAUGCAGAUGCUAUUAUAACGUCCUGCUAUAUUUUUGUGUGCAACAAAUUCCUUUGCAACCUAUUAGUGGCAGUCGGAACUAUUUUAAGCAUUUUUUUCUCACUAGAUAGAUCGCAAAUCGUUCUAUCUCUUUGUCAUUACUAAAGCGUUUUGUUUAUUUUAUUCAGUUGGGUUUUUUAUGAAUUAGAUGAGUUGAAUUUUAUCACCUGAUCAUCUCAACAAUAGAACAUGAUGUUCACUGCUAUUUAGGUUUACAAUGUAUUGAUUGCACAGUGUUAAAAUAUCACUGUUUUACAGUUAAUACGGAUUAUAGUAAGAGUUAAAAUAUUUUUCUCAUGUACUAUAACUGUAUAAAAGCAUGCCACAAGUGCCAUGGUUUGGUGGGCUCUGUAGGUGCAGUAUAAUUAUGAAAAUUUGUUUUGCGUUAUGUAACAUAAACUGUUAUAAAAGAACAGUAACUUAUUAAGUGUUACUGUAAUUUCAUACGGUUGUUUCUUUUGCCAUAUUUUAAGAAGUAAACUCCAAAAAUUGGCAACAACGGCUAGUUAGCUGACUUAUGGUCUUAUGGUGUCAGUAACCGUACACUGAGUAACUCUUGCCACUGGCAGUAGACAGGUCCGGGAAAAGUCCUACGUUGAAGGGUUAAUUAUUUUUCUAUAGAUCUGAUAUGAGUUAUUUUCUAAGAUUUUUAUUUGUACCAAUUGAAAACUAAAUGUUACUACAUAUAUAGCAAAGUUGUUAUCAAAUAAAACAAAAAUAUUACAAUUUUUUUGUUUUGCCCCAGAUAGUCUUAGGCCCCUAUUACAGUGGUGAAGCUCAUUAUAACUUCAUUACAACUCGUGGGGUAUGAGUUCAAAUGAUGAUGAAUGGGUAUGAGAACCUUACAUUGAAUGAAAUGGAUCUCAUGUUAAAAUCAAUCAUUAGAUGGAUUGAAACAAUUUCAAUUACAUUUCCCGUCACGGAACUUUGAGUUAAAUAGUCUAUUAUAUUAUUGAAACUGUAAUUGUUGUGAACAUAACCUCACUUCUUCAUAUUGUGAAAAGCACUACAUGAAAGAAAUUAAAAAUAUACACUCAUUUUUGCAUAACUCGUCAAAUAAAGUGUAGUAGAACACAUUCUUAUCCUUUUGGACAUCAAUGGAUGAAUAUCUACACAACCUUAAUAUUUUAUUUUACAUUAUCAAAGCUAAAAGAAAUGACUCUGAAGAAUUAAAAGACUUUGUAAAAGACUAUCUUUUAAUAAAAAAGUUAUGUGUCCACUCUCCAGCUUCAUUAAACAAGGAAAUACUUUCACAGUGCUUGUGAUUAAGUUCUGACAGUGUGAAAAUAUUACCAUUCAAUACUUAUUAUGAAGUAACUAGGCUUUGAAGUAACGUAACCAUAAUUUUGAUUCUAAAAGGACUAGUAUGAAUGUAAAUUAUUAAUAGAUUGUACAAAAUUGAACUCAAUAUAUUUUUAAUUUUAAAAGUGACGAACUAGCUUGUCAAAAAAAUUAAAGAACAAUAUAAAUUAAAAUAUAUGGACAGUAACUUAAAGUAAUGCAAUAUCAGUUGUAUAAGUAAUAACACUUAAUUUCAAUGUAUUGAGUGAUAGCUUACAAACCGCAAGUGCCUACCGCAAUGACAGUCUGCAAGUCGUUAAUAAGACAUUUGAUUGAUGUAUAAGUCUGAUUGUAGGGACAGUAUAUUUUUUAACAUUUACUUUGACAAGUUAUAAUUCUGCAUUGUUUUACUUAUUGCAUGUUGUUUUAAAAUAUAUUUGAAUUAUUUUAUAUUUCAACUAUCCAUAUACAUUAAGCAUUUAUCAAUUACAAAUUAUAUUUGUAGAAGAAAUUAUAUUUUUAGUAAGCUAUUUUUAUAUUUUAGAAAUAUUUGUGUUUCCCAAUAGUAAUAUGUACUAUUUGUAAUUUUAUACCAAUACAAGCGACUUAAAGUUUAAAAUACUUUUAUAUGUAAUUUACAUAAACUUUAAAAUAUUUAGAUAUUUUUUAAAGUAUUAUCUCUAGAUAUAAAUGUAAUUUUUUGGCUAUCUGAUUUUUUAAAGAUAAACAUUGAAAAAUAAACUUGCUUCACACUCAAAACACUUCUGUUAUCACCCUGACUAUAUGUUAUGCUCAAACCGUUGUAAAUACUUUUUAUUCAUCCUAAACCUAAGUAUAUAUUAUUUGUAAUGUUUACUAAUGGGUGUGUGGAUAGAUUCAUGUAUGUAUUAGUAGUUAGAUUUUGUAUUUAUCUGUUCCUAAGUACUCUGUUACUGUUUGUAAUCAAAAUAGAUAUAUUGUGGGUCCAUCAAUCAAAAACAAAUAUUUGAAGUAUUCUCUCUGUUUGAAUGGGUUGAGACAGGGGAGGAAUUCUUACUUUAUUUUAUUAUUUUUAAUAAUUGUUUACUUGAUUCUUAUAACAUUGGAUUGGAUUUGAAAGUUUUUUGGGAAACCCAGCUACAGAAUUCUUUGAUCUGUCUGCAUUGGACAUAAAAUUAAGUAUCGGAAUUCAAAGUCGUAUAUGGCAUACAAUGGAUUAGAGUUAAAUUUUCAAUAAAUAGAUUAUACUAAUUUCCUCCCCUUAUUAGUAACACAAGUAUAGAAUUUUAUAUAGUAAAAAAGUAUUUUUGAAAAUUGUAUCAAACUUUUUUACAUCGUUUGUUUUAUUACAUUUGGUUAUUUUAUUUUGUUAUUUCACUCUUUUUUCAUUUCCAGCUCUCUAUAAAUCAUUCCUGACAUCACAUUAUUAUCAUCUAAGUUUAUGGGUUCCAUAGAUGUUUGGUUUAGUACAUAUAAGAAUAUAUUAGUUUCGUAUUUUUAAUAUAUUUAUAACCAGUUGUGUAUUUUGUGCUGUGUUAAAAAUAGUUAAGUUUAUAAAAUUUUAAAUCAC